UGGGAGCGCUGGGAGGGCACUGGGAGGGCACUGGGAGGCUGAACUGGUUUGAACUGGUUUGAACUGGGAGGGACUGGGGGAUUUAAAGGCGGCGGCUCCUUCCUCCCCCUCCUCCUCCUCCUCCCGAUGGAGCGGCUGCUGCUGCUGCUGCUGGCUACUGCGCUGGCGGGGGCGGAGCAGAACCGCAUCGUGGGCGGGGCCGGCUGCGAGCGGCGGCUGCACCCGUACCAGGCCCUGCUGCUGCAGCCAGGGGGCGCCAUCCACUGCGGGGGGGUCCUGGUGGGGCGCAGGUGGGUGCUGAGCGCCGCCCACUGCCACACGGACAGACCUCUCCAGGUGUUGCUGGGGGAGCACAACCGGCGGGAGCGGGAGGGGGCGGAGCAAUGCCUCACCUGGGACCGCGCCUUCGUUCACCCGCGUUACCUGCCCGGCCGCCAUGACAGUGACGUCAUGCUGCUGCGCCUGCGCGGCCCCGCCCACCUGAGCCAGCGCGUGCGGCCGGUGGCGCUGCCACGCAGGUGUCCCCAGGUAGGGGACAGGUGUGUGGUGUCCGGAUGGGGCAGCACCCGCAGCGCGCAAGGUGCGUUCCCGGACGUGCUGCAGUGUGGGGAGGUGUUCACCUGGUCCAACGCCGCCUGUGCUCACCUGUACCCAGGUGCCAUCACUCCCAACAUGCUCUGCGCCGGCGGCGACGGCAACGGCACCGACUCCUGCCAGGGUGACUCCGGGGGCCCGCUGGUGUGCGGGGGUUACCUGCAGGGCGUGGUCUCCUGGGGGCUGCAGGUGUGUGGCCAGCAGGGCAAGCCAGGUGUGUACAGCCGCGUCUGCGCCUUCACCACCUGGAUCCGCCGCACCAUCCGCGCCCACGGCGGCGACUGACGCACCUGGGCGCACCUGGGGACUCACCUGGGGACACCUGGGGGCAUCUGGGGACACCU